AUGGAAGAUGAUUGUAAGUAUCCGGAUAUAUUUUCUAAUGAGGACUUUGUUCAAAGAAGACUAAGCACAUUUGAAGACGUUCAAGUAUGCAUUUCUUUACUUAAAGAAGUUUUGGAGUACCGUAAAAAAAAUAUAAGCAGCUGGAUUGUAGAAAGUAAAGUAAAACAACUAUGUAGUUUUUACAAAUGUUUAAUUAAAAAUCAUAGAAAUGAAUUUAUUCAAGUUUUAUCCAAAGAUUAUGCCGUCAAUCAUUAUAAAGUAUUUCAACUUUCCGAAACAUUAGCAAAAUGCAGUAAUAUAUCUGAAAGUGAUGCUAAAUCUGAUGCUAAAAUUUUAAAAAAUGAAGAUCAACUUAGAACAAUUCUUACACCUCAAUAUUCAUGGCUUUUUUUGAAUAUUGGAAAACUUGAGAAAGGAGUCAAAUUCUUAGUCGACCUUAGGACUGAUGUAUUGGAACUAAUCGCUGAAAAAAAUUCGGAAGUUGAUAGUACAGUAGAACUGCAGCAACUAAAUUCAACCUUAAGAGAUUUGCUAUCUUUAUGGUUUUCAAUAGGUUUUUUACAACUUCAAAGAGUUACUUGGAAUUCACCAUGUGAGAUGCUUCAAAAAAUUUCUGAGUAUGAAGCUGUUCAUCCAGUAAGAAGCUGGACAGAUCUUAAAAGAAGGGUUGGUCCUUAUAGAAGAUGCUUUGUUUUUCUUCAUGGUAGUAUGCCUGGUGAACCAAUUGUGGUUUUGCACACUGCUUUGUGCGAUGAAAUCGCUUCAAGCAUGUCUGGCAUAGAGGAGGAUGCGACAUGUGUUAAAGCUGCUGUGUUUUAUUCCAUAAGUUCAACCCAAAAAGGAUUGCAAGGAAUAGAACUAGGGAAUUAUUUAAUUAAAAGUGUUGUUCAUGAAUUGCAAAUUGAAUUUCCUCAAAUGACUCAAUUUUCUAGUUUGUCCCCUAUUCCUAAUUUUAAAACAUGGCUGAUAGACAAAGUAAAAUUUGCAGAAAAAGGUUCAAAUGACAUUUUACUACAUGAUGAAAUAAUUACUUUAAAAAAACAUCUAAAUUCUUCAUCGGACUUUUGGAAAGAUUUUAAAAAAAUUUUACUUUCGAAUGCUUGGGCAGAAGAUAAAAAUUUAGUUUCGCUUCUAGAGAAACCAUUGAUGAGGCUUUGUGCUCGAUAUCUAUUUAUUGAAAAGAGAAGAGGUUAUGCUUUUGAUAGUGUGGCAAACUUUCAUUUGAAAAAUGGUGCAGUUUUAUGGAGAUUAAACUGGUCUGCUGAUCUUUCUCCUAGAGGUUUAGGAAAUUCUUGCAGUAUGAUGGUGAAUUACAGAUAUUUUUUAGAAGAUACUGAAUCCAAUAGUAGAGCUUACUUAGAAAAUUUUAGUAUUCCAGCAUCUGAACAAAUAUUAAAUUUAGCUGAACAAGCUAAACAAAAAAUAGUAUGCAAUAGUGACAGUUGGAAAUAUUUAUGA